AAUGAAGCUACAGCUAUUGGUAGUAGUACUUCUUGGUCUUUUGGCAGUGUCCACGGCCGCACGAAAGAAAGACAAAAAAAACAUUGAGAUCUGGAUAAGACCGAAGCCAAUGGGCUUGCCACCAGAACCGUAUUAGAUCAGUUGACUCUCCUCCAAUCGUAUUUUCCGUAGGUUGCCACGAUGGGUAUUUAAAUAACGUUUGGGGCAUUGUACAGAUAAUACCACAUUAUUGCUCACUAAUAAAAUGGUCACACUAUUUU